AUAGGCUUAAACAUGUUUUCCCACCUUCUGGUGGCAUCGGGUGCUGCCUUCAUCGUACUUUGCGGAAUUUGUGCAGCCGAACGCUCUUGGGAAUAUGAGCCAAAAUCUGUGACGGGAACCUCCUCCGACGAAGAGAAACUGAAAUUAUCGUUUCGGGUGGAUCGAGUCAGCCGCGGUGAAUACGCCGUGUCCGGUGAAAUAAACUGGAAUUAUGAUGUCCAUGACGACACUAUGAUUGAGGCGCUGUGUUAUCGAAGCAAUACUGGUGGUAACGAUUAUAAACUAACGCCAUGGUCUAUUCCCUAUCAAAAACUUGAUGAUUUCCUUGAAAAGUUCUACGAAAAUUUGAUCGUAAAAAACGUUGGACAUUGCUCAAAUAUUCCGAAAUUUGGGAAAAAAUAUACGCCCCCAUGGCCGAAGAAUCGAUAUAUAUUUGAUCGCUGUGUGAUUAAUGGUGAUGGUUUCCCUGAAACAGCGCCUGACGGUUUUUACAAAGUAGUUGCCAAUAUUACCGGUGAGGUUCAAUGGGUACUUACAUUUGUGGUCAAAGUGACAACAAAAUUGUUUUAA